AUGGGGUCAUUUGAACCCAACGGACUACCCAGUUUCGAUGAGCUUCCACCAGUAAAAGGCAUGCCGCAGGGCUGCGCCUGGGGGCUCUUUGACCGCGACGGACACAAAGAUCACCUGGGCUGUUUGAACCUUCUCACACCCUCGGUUGUACAAUCUGCUCUGAGAGAAGCGCGUGAUGGCGAGUCGGUGUCAUUGAACUGGCCGAUAAAUGCAAUACACACACCUGGGUUCUUCCGCAAAGGGCUGGAACAUAGAGUGCUCUCUUUUCAGGACUCACCAUAUAAGCUGCAUGGCUUUGAUGAUGAAAUAUCUUUCAACACUCAGUGCUCUAGCCAGUGGGAUAGCCUUGUUCACUUUGCCCACCAACCCACCGGACUCAAUUAUAACGGAAUCCAGGCAAAUAUCGAGGUGCUUGCACAAGACGACACCCCUUUUCACAAAGAUUGCAAGUAUCCAACCUUGAACCACUGGCAUUCUCGUGGUGGACUAGUUGGUCGCGGUGUGCUAGUUGAUUAUUGUGCAUACGCGGAUGCUCACGGUAUUAAAUACAACGCAUUCGAUGCACACAAAAUCACCGUUCAAGACUUGGAGGCCGUCAUCCACUGGGAAGGGGUCGAGUUGCAAACUGGUGAUAUCUUGAUCGUACGCUCUGGUUUUACCCGCGGUCUUGAGGAAGCCUCGACCCCAGAAAAGCAAAAGGAGUUGAUGGACUCUCACCGCACGGUCGGUGUAGAGGGAAGCGUCGAGACGGCAAAAUGGGUCUGGAAUCACCACUUUUCGGCUGUAGCGGGGGACGCCAUUGCUUUUGAGCAAACCCCGCCGACUCUUGAAGACGGUACCGAGGGUGGGAUACGUGACUUGGUUCUACACCAAUACUUUUUGAGUCUUUUCGGCUUAAACAUUGGGGAGCUGUGGGACCUAGAAGCGCUAUCUCGAACAUGCUCACAGAAGCAACGCUACUCUUUUCUGCUCACCAGUUGCCCGUUGAAUGUACCUGGUAGCGUAGGAAGUCCACCAAAUGCUUUGGCAAUCUUUUAA